GGCCCCACGGCCCGGAGCAGGGCAAGAGGGUCUUCGGCGCCCACUUUCGGCUUGGCCCGACCGUCCACGUCCGGACGUAUCUUUGCAGGGCCGCCCGCCCGCCCGCCGUGCAGGUGGGAUUUCUCUGGGCGGCGGUCGCGGUGGUUCAGUUGCCUUCGGAGCAAGCCCGGUUUCCCCGAAGGGAAGGGGCACCAGGUUUCGCCAGGACUCGGUGUGUCUGCUGGAGCCGUGGCUCUAUUCCGGGCACCUUCUGGAUUCCCACCCCUAGGCCCCUUGCUACAGAAAUGGCGACAGAAGGCGAGCCAAGCAGCCUUAUCAGAGUCAUCCAGCUUUUUGUGCUCUCAACAGCCUGGGGGAUGGAGAUAUGGGUGACCUUCAUUGCAGGGUUUGUUCUUAUCCGAGGAGUGAGCCGGCACACCUUUGGCCUAGUGCAAAGCAAACUCUUUCCUUUCUAUUUCUACACAUUGAUUGUCUGCACAGUUGUGAAUCUUGCCAUCUUUGCUACAUACCACCCACGUGAGCUUCUGAAUGCUUGGGAAACUGUCCAGAUUGUGGUCUUUUUUGUUUGCCUUGUCUUGGCCACUGCUAAUGCCUUCUGGAUCUCCAAAGUCACCACCAAGACCAUGUUCAAGAUGCAGGAGAUUGAAAGGGAGCAUGGUUUGGGGGCAGAAGUGGGACUGUCGGCCCAGCGGGAGGCUUACCAGCUUCUGAAGGAAAAGGAUGUAAAAUACCGAAGUCUGCGUCAGACGUUCUUCAGAUUUCAUGGCCUCUCCUCUCUCUGCAAUCUGGGUUGUGUUAUCUGCACUGGAUUAAAUUUGGCAUAUUUAGCACUGCACUUGAACAGCCUGUAGGUGACACUCUGCCCUUCCAUUUCUAGCUACCAGAUUAGCUUUGCAAGGUAGAAAACAAUGAGCUUCUUCCUGAUUGAAGCCCAGUGCCACUCAAUUAAGUGAAGGCAGUGUCUGACAGAAUGAAUACCUUGUAGGGAAUGAUUGUGGAAGCAACUGCCCACUCUUGAAACACCCACAUUUGUGUUUUCCUCACUGAAAAAUCACAUUGGAUCAUUUUUCAGUGGCAAGGGCUCAUCUACAAAGCCCUAGUCUUAGAAUCGCCUUGGCCAUGUUUCCCAUUUUCUAGCAACCAAAACACAUGUGUGCAAAAACAAAUGCAAGGUCUAAUUUUGUAGCCUGGAUUCACUGUCAGUGGCAACCAGUUUAAACUAUGCAGUAUUAUGAAGACAGUUCUAAAUAGAGACAAGCCAAUGUGUUUGUACCUAGCCUGACAAUCAUCUCUGGCUGCCAGAAACUAUUGUAAGGAAACAUGCUGCAUCAGUCAUCUGGGGCUAUCAACCUACCUCUCUUCACAUCCCAUAAAAACAUUCCCCAUCGUUGUUUGGGGAUGUGCUCAGUUAGGUAAACUUCUACUCCCACUGCAAAACAUUUUUCUCAUGAGGGGAUUAUUGACUAUUCAUCAUUAAGAGGAUCUCCAUAAUUAAUGAGAACAAACAGCGUGGUCACAAGUCAUUUUGGUAGCAAAACAAUUUCCACUUACAAUGGAAAUGGAAUCUACAGUCAUUGAAUGGACAUCUGAGUAGAUAGGAAAAGUACUUGUUUGUGCGCUCAGUAGAAUUUCCAAAUACCAUUUGGCAUACCUUUUGUGCAUAGUUCUGUAACAUGCACAACCCAUACACCCUUGAGCAACACAGGUGAGAAUACUCCACUGGUUCUUUAAGAGUAAUAUUCUUUUUGCUGCUUUUUCCCCCAAAUUUUAAAAAGCUGAGGAGGCAAGGCACCAAUUUCUAAAUUCUAGAAUGCAAUUAGAGGAAAUAUGAGUUCUUAAGUCCACACAAUAAUGACUGGUGGCAGAAGUGAGGAUUGAACCCAGAUCUGCUGGAGACACAAUUGAGGGCUCUUCCACACUUAACAUUAGUUUUGCCUAAUGUGACUUGUUCAAGUGUAUUUUCCCCCAAACAUCCACAUGACAUUCCUAUUCUCUCUAGUAUAGUGAUUUUUCCUGUGAUUUUCUGUACCUUUUCAUCCCUGAUGAAAUCGUGACAUACUUUUUAGUAAAAGUGUUUUGCUUAUUUACUGUCUCGUAGUGCUCAAAGCACUCU